GUGACCUUUCACGGAAUGUGUGUGUGUGCAGGCGGAUACAACAACACAUCAUGCGAGCUCAGUACCGAAAAGUACGACCCUGCAGAAGACACGUGGACCGAGAUCCCUGUCAUGAACUUCUAUUCAGAAGAACUCGACGCAGAAGUGAUCGACGACACGAUCUUCGUCAUCAGUGGAAAGUAUAUCGAGUACCACUUCGUCUCCCACGUUGCAUGUUUCAAUGACAAGGAGAAUCGAUGGCACAAGGCGGCAGACAUGAAUAUUUGUAGAUCCGGGAUGUCGACUUGUGUCAUCGAGAACCUUCCGAAUGCAAGCGAUUACGCCUACAAACACAGAGACAAAUUAAUGGAGGAGAAAUGCAAGAAAAGGAGAAGAAACGUAGAAGAAGAAGAAGAAGUAGAAGGAGAAACGCUGAAAAAAAAGAGGCGAAACGUAAAAAAUGUUAGAUUUGGAAAAUCAGUAGUUUGCAGUUGAUUACAUCCACGACGAACACAUUAAUGUUAAUUACUUUCCUUACGAAAAUUAUGUACAAAACUAGGAAAACAAACAAACAAACAAUACUCUAUAUGAACAAGAAGAAUGUAACAGGUGUUGAUCACUUUGUGGACAGCUUUCCAUCACCAGUAAAAUGACAAACAAAAUACUGUGCCAUUAUUGCACUGUGCCAACUGAAUGAUG